AUGGAUCCUGUUCCUUUUGCGUGGGCGCGCUGGCCUGCAGCAGCAGAAGCUGCAGCAGCAGCAGCAACUGCAGCAGCAGCAGCAGCAGAUGAAGAAGCCUCUCUUUGUGAAGAGGAAGAGGCUAGCGAGCUGCUGCAGCUGCUGCACCGACGCGAUGCAGCCCCCUGCCUGAGACUGCAGCAGCAGCAGCUGCAGCAGCAAGCCGGUCUAAACGCUCAGAGGGAUCUAGGCGGACCCCAACAGCAGCAGCAGCAGCAGCAGCGCAUGUCUGCCGCAGGGAGCCCCUCAGCCCCGGAUGCAGGAGUAGGCUAUACAGAGAGCCCAGCAGCAGCAGCGGCAGCAGCAGCAGCAAGCCCAGCAGCAGCAGCAGCAGCAGCAACUGCAGAAGGGGGGGAAAGCCUCUUCUGGCAUGUGCCAUCUUACGGCUGCUACACAACAAGCCCAGUGUACAUUCCCUUGCUGCAGCUGCUACGGCAGCAGCAGCAGCAGCGGCGGGCAGCCGCAGCAGAGCAGCGCAAGCAGCAGCAGCAGCAACAACAGCAGCAGCAGCAGCAGCGGCUGCAGGCUGGGAGCCCCGCGGCCCUGCUGCUAGAAGCCGAAGCGUUUGUUGCUGCUGCGCUGCUGCGGCGGCGGCUGCUGCUGACUGCAGCAAACAAGAAGCUCGAGGGGCAGCUUGCCGCCGCUGCUGCUGCUGCUGCUGCUGCUGACGAAGCAGCUGCAGCACCAAAGUGGCUCUCUGGGGUGUCUAGACACCUGCUGCCUUAUGUUGCUCAAGUCAGCAGCAGAGCUUUCUUUGACCCUCACUACCGCAUGCAACUUAUCGAAACCCUAAACCCUAAACCCUAA